AGCAAAAUAGUUCUGAAUGGCUAUCUCUGCUUCAUCCCUUACCCCCAGAACUUGUCCUUGCUUUGUCUAUUGAGUCGCUUCGGCCCCAACUCGGAGACCUGGGGUUUGUUGGUGGAUUUGAGUGGGAUUGGGAGGUCUUGGAUACUGUUCGAAUGCUAGCGAUAUGAGACUUGUGGGUAGUGCUUAUGGGUUUCUAAAGGAACGAGGGUUCUUGCCCAAUUUUGGAAGGUUCAGCGGUAUAGGUACUUUUUUUUUUAUUAAUUCCUGCAAAGGGUGUUCCUUUUAUAUGUUUUGGUUUUGCCAUUUUUUUUUGUCCGCAUUCCACAGUUAAUGAUUUCGCAGUGAACUUGAAAAGGAGUGGGCUUUGCAAUUGUCCCUCUCUGGAUGGGCCAAGAGACGUUACACCAAGUGUGUUGAAGUCCUCUACUGGUUUAGAUAAUUAGAUGGUACCUUUGUUUUAAUUUUUAUGAAUUUGCCUAAGUUCUUAACGUUGUUGCAUCGUCUUGAUUUGAACUAGUUUGCAUAUAGAAGUUUUUGCAGCUUCAGCAGAAUGCGUAAUUUUAGAUAAUUUUAGAUAAUUGGGAUUGGAAUAAUGUAUGUCGUUCUAUUGUUUUUUGGUUGUUUUACGGUGGUUGGUAUUCUAGCAGUUUUUUUUAUCUAAGAAAUUUAAAGUAAAAUUUCAUUGAAAUAGUUAUGGAUUACCUUUUCCUCUUUCAGUUUCUAAAUUUUCUCCAAAAAAGCGGGGUUCUUCGAGAACCUCAAGCAUUGCAGUGGUUGCUCUUCUGGGUAGAGUCUCUUAUCUGCUUUCUCAAGGGAUUGAUGUCAGACCUAACCUUGCUACCAUACUGGGCCUAGCCUUUUUAGACUCUUUAACUUCCUUGGCGGUACAUGUUUAGCUUUAAUCUCUCAAGUUACUGGCCUCCGUAUAGGCAUCUGAUUCUAGUUCAUGAAGCAGGCCACCUGCUUGUUGCAUACCUUAUGGGUUGCCCAAUUCGUGGAGUGAUUUUAGAUCCAAUUGCUGCAAUGCAGAUGGACAUCCAAGGCAGGCCCAAACUCCCCAUUUUUCUACAGGCUGGAACUCAGUUUUGGGAUGAGAAAAUGAGUAAUGAGCUGGCUGAAGGACGAUCUACCUUCGGCAGGUACAGCAUGGUGCUCUUUGCUGGUAUCGCAGCUGAAGCUCUGGUUUAUGGGGAGGCUGAGGAUGGGGAGAAUGACGAAAACAUGUUUUGCAGCAUCUUUGUCCUUCUGCAACCCCCAUUGUCCAUAGCUCAGGCACACUCAUCAAGCGGCUGUCACAGCUUUGGAAAGAGGGGCUAGUCUUAGUAUUGUAAUUAUGAGAUUUGAGGAAGCCUUCCGCUGUCACUCCCAUUCCAAAUCGAGCAAAAAUAAAAAAUCCAUGCUGCAUUGCUCCGUGGAGGAUUUCAGUCCAUUUGAAGUGGUAUCAAUCACCAAUCAACACCGACUCUUGUU